UGCAAUUCACAGUACAAAGAAAAUGGAGAUUGAAAGAGAAAAUGAAGAAAUGAGAAAAAGCAUAUAUCCAACUUACCAAGACAUUUUCUUAAAUGUGGAGAAGACAAUUAGUCAGUUAGAUAAGGGAUAUGAUGGUAUCUUAACAGCAAUUACAAAACAUGGAGAGGAAUGGCACAGACAAAUUGAUAAACUUGUCAAGAAACUCAAAACAGAAGUAGAAAGCAUGAAAGAUAUACAUAAAUCUGCCUUGGAGAAACACAGAGCUGAAAUAAAUCAGAGAAUUUCAGACAUUGAUGAUGAAAUCAGAAAACUGGCCAAGCAUCUGGAGUCAAAUGAUAUGUCACUAUUUACUCAUCACAAAAACACAGUUACAAAAUUCAGGAAACUCCCACCCAAAGUUGAUGCAUCUUUUCCAAAUUUUACUCCAAUGACAUUUCAAGAAGAACAGUUCCAUAAACUUUUUGGGAAACUCUCUACUCUAUCUAUUACUUCAGAUGAACAUGGCUACAACAGCAAACUAAAACAGAUAUCACCAGAAGCUGGAUCCUCUCCUCCAGUCAAUAAGUUACUUGAUGAACCUGAGACCGUCACCACCAUACAUACUGGUUAUGAAUGCACUGGAAGUGUGGCUUGUUUGAGUGGAGAACAAAUCUGGAUAGCAGUCAUUGGCAACAUCAUGAAACUCUUCAACAUCAAUCAAGGUACACUGUGUCAGUCAAUUACCACAAAGUCUGGAAACAUGCCUCGUGAUAUAGCAGUGACAAAAAGCGGACAGCUAGUUUAUUCUGAUGAAUAUGACAUGUCUGUUAACAUUGUAAAGAAGAAAAAGAUAAAAGUGCUGAUUAAAUUACAGAACUGGAAACCUUUAAGUGUCUGCAUCACUUCCUCUGGUGACCUUCUUGCUAUCAUGUAUAGUGAUGAUUCUGGGAUAUCAAAAGUUGUCCGUUACUCUGGCUCUACAGAGAAACAAACCAUUCAGUCUGAUGAUGAAGGUAAACCUCUCUAUUCAACGUCCUGUUGUACUAAAUUAAUCAGUGAGAACAAGAACCUGGAUAUCUGUGUGUCUGAUUGGUGGACUAAAGCAGUAGUGGUUGUUAAUCAGGCUGGAAAACUGAGGUUUAGAUACACUGGGCAUACUUCUGCUCAAAAUAAGAUGCAAUUCAGUCCCUAUGGAAUCACCACAGACAGUCAGAGUCACAUCCUGACUGCUGAUUGUGAAAAUCAAUGUGUUCACAUCAUUGACCAGGAUGGACAGUUUCUCCGUUACCUAUACUGUGGUUUAAAUGAACCUAUUGGACUUUGCACUGAUAAAUAUAAUAACUUGUUUGUUGUUCAAAAUGGAAAGAGUCAGGUAAAGAAAAUAAAAUAUCUACACUAAAAUCGAAUUGAGAGUACUUUAUAGAAUUAUAUGCAUUCAAAUAAUGGACAUUUCAUAAAGACAUUUUAUGGCAGCCUUUCCUCAAUUUGUUUAUGGUUACUGUCAAAUCACAUAUUUUCGUUGGGUCAUUUCGAGGUUGAGAAAAAAGUAUUGAUGUGUGGGGAAGUGUUG